AUGGCUGAACAACUCAAGCUGAAGGACAAACUUAUCAAGUCCUACGGUUACAAGCCCCGUAGCGAAGAUGUGUUUAACAGAAUACUACAUGUGGCCUAUAAUGAUAGUAAUCGAAACCCAAUCAUCCUUCUUGACAAACAGGCGUUCAGCAGGGGUGAAUGGGGCCUCGUGUAUAUUGACUCCAAGGGUGAUGUGAAAAAUCUCACGCCCAUCCUGAUUCUCUAG